GUUGCGCAGAAAAUUAAGGUGUUCCAAGCCCAGUACCUUCAGUUUCAGCCUCAGCUUGUAGUCAUGCAAGCUGGAGAGCAUCCCGAUUCCACCACUUACAUCUGUAUGAAAGCUAAAGCUGCAGAGGAAGUCAGCAUCAAGUUCAAUCACAUCACAUUCCCAGAAGCAGCUAUGGCAGAAGAGAUCAUCCAGGUUGUUAAGAAGCUUUCAGAUGACGAUGCUGUUAGCGGUGUUCUUGUUCAGCUCCCUCUUGGGCCCAAUGUCAAUGCAGACAAUACCUGCACUGUCACUGAGGCGGUUUCUCUCAAGAAAGAUGUCGAUGGCUUCCAUGCAUACAACAUCAGUCACUUGUCUUCAUGUGCUGCUUCCCUGUUAUUCAUUCCGUGUACUCCAGCAGCUGUUAUUUGUUUGCUGGAGAGCACUGGCAUAUCCAUCACAGGUGCAAAUGCAGUCAUGCUCAGUCGCAGCAACAUCAUCAGAAACCCUGUGGCUGCACUCCUGAGAAGUCACAAUGCAACUGUCACCCAAUGCCACAGUCACACCAAG